AUGAAGGCUGCUCUUAGGGUGCUUUUGCCGUGCCUGGUGCUGUUGCUCCCCUCUGCAGCGCUUCCGAGAAAGGGGAGCGCGGGGGAAAGGAUUUCCCCAAUUAACCGGCUGGAGCUGAGCCUGCCGGAGGAGCUGGGACUUGAAGCAGAGGCGAGAAAGAGAGAAAAUGCAAGUUUACAGCAAAGAGUGAGAGCCGGCUCGGUGGCCAGAUCGAGGAUGAGUGCUGCUACUCGCCUCUUUUCUAAGCCUGACCCAGGGGCAAAAUGCCUCCAGGGGAUGGCUGAGGACGGGGGCAUCGCCUGGUCCGGCUCCAGCCUGCACCCGUGGCCGCUCGGGGGGCUGGAAGGGCCCGUGUGCAGGGUGAAAAUGGGCCAGGACGGGCCGACCCCGAGGCACCUGGAAGUUGUGGGUGUUCUCACCCACUAUGAAAGCAACUUCAUCAAGCUUCUGAGACAACGCACCAGCUGGGACAAAAGCUAUCUCGAGACCUUCGGGCUCUGCCCGGCCGGGGAGGCGGACGCGGCUCUCCAUCCCCUGAAGCACAUCCAUGCGCACGUGGUGGAGCCGGGGCAGGACCGCUUCCUCGUGCUGCAUCUGGAGGAAGUGAAGUGGGAAGCCCAGGUGAAGCUGUGGUUCAAGCUGGUUUUCCAGGCGGAGGUGGGCCGGUCGCUGGGAGAGCUGCGGUUCGCCUUGCUGCUCUUCUACCUGGGCAGCCGAGAGGAGCCGGGCGCCGGGCGCCGAGAGGAGCUGCUGGCCACCGGCACCGGGCUGGCGCGGGAGCAGAGCCUCUGCCUCGCCAGGGACACCCAGUACCUGGCCCUGGGAGCCGCCGUAGCAUCCGUCACCCGCACCAGCGAGCAGCUCACCUUCGAGGCUUCCCUGGCGAUCAGGCAUCGCGGAGAGGGAGGUGCCUCCUUGCCCCCAACGGAGACCCAGCAGCUCCUUUUUGGCUCUGAUGACAAGUGCUUCACCAGGAUGACCCCCGUGCUGCUCCUGCUGGCCAAGUCACGGCAGGAGGAGGAGGAGGUGGCUUUGGCCCCUUCUUCCUACCUCUCUGCCGACGGGGUGGUGGAUGUGGCUCCGUACCCACAGCUCAGCCCACCCCAGGCUGGGACCCAGGAGCUGCCGUCCCCCACUGCCCCGAGCCAAGCCAACACUUCAUCCCCGGCACCUGGCAGCAGCAGUCAGUUCCUGGGCAUCCUGACCCAGUUCAUCCGCCAGGUCCUGAGCUCCUCCAGUGAGCCGCCCACCCAGCCCAGCUCCCACCACUGGCUGGACUUCCAGGUGAUGGAGACCCUCCCUCACCAGCUGCUCAACCUGUCGGAGGAGGCGGCGCUGGAGCGACUGGUGCAGUCGGAGGAGCCCUCGGUGCUGCUCUUCCCCCAGGACAGCGGAGCCGUGCUGGAGCAGCACCUGGGGGGCUGGCAGCCGGAGGGGACCGUGCUGCAGCUGCUGAUGGGCAAGCUGCAGGCUGUGAUCCAGGAGCUGAAGGACAUCCCUGCUUUCCAAGCCAACACGGGGCUUUUCCAGCAUCUCCUGAGCUUCUGCUACUACCCGCCGGGGCCGGGUGAGGGUCAAGCUGGCAAGCGGCCACCCGGCUCCGGGAAGCUGCACGCGCUGCUGCUGCUGAAGGCGUUGCAGACGGUGCGGGCACGUUGGCAGGAGCGGAGGAAGGUGCUGCGGCAGAACCGCAGCGCGCGGCACCAGGCCCACUGCCGCCUGCAGGAGCUGACCAUCGACCUGCACGACCGCAAGUUCAUCGUCAUGCCCACCGUCUACACGGCCAACAACUGUGAGGGUCCCUGCAAGCUGCCCCUCUCCACCCGUGUCGCCAGCUACUACUCGCACACGGUGCUCCUGCUGGGCAUGCAGGAGCGGGGCUCGCCCCUCCAGCGGGCUCCCUGCUGCGUGCCCGUCCGCUACUCAGACCAGCUCAUCAUCAGCCUCUCCACGGAGGGGCUGGAGGUCCGCAAGUUCCCCAACAUGGUGGCAGAGGAGUGUGGCUGUCGGUAG